AUGUCGACAUGUGUGGUCUCAGCCGUGCUGCAUUUUCUUCCCCUCCUACCCUGGUUGCUCUCUUACACAGACCCACGUGACAUGAGCCUGCAGACCGGUGGUCAUCGAAAACUUGCAACCUGCACCAUCUGUGUCAUUUGUGACGAAAAGUCAGCGUGGUCAACUAUCGGGCAGAUCGAAAGCGAGAAAGGAUGGGGAGGGGAGCAGAACGCCACCCAGUACUGGCGGCACGGCCCUCGCUUCAACGUUUCACAGCAGGGACAAAGAGACAGAGAGGAGGAGAGAAAGACGCUCAGGCCAGUUAUUGCCUUUGUUCCUGCCAGGGUAAGCGACAAACCGUACUCGGGACGAGAUGGCUUCGGGCUGUUCAGCUGGCGGUGA